GCCCUAGAUGUUAACCCCUUCCCGCCCAGUGUCAUUAGUACAGUGUCAUGUGCUUUUUAUUAGCACUGAUCACUGUAUUGGUGUCACUGGGGAUGUCAGUGACACCAAAUCAGUACCCCCCCAGUGUCAGAAUGCACCGCUGCAGUCCCGCUAUAAGUCGCUGAUCGCCGCCAUUACUAGUAAAAAAAAAUAAAAUUCCAGUAUAUAUACCGCCACUUGUAAACGCUAUAACUUUCAGGUAAACCAAUUAAUUUACACGUAUUGGGAUUUUU